AUGAGAUCGUGAGAGCUGGAGAUCAUCAUCGGCUGCUGAAGAGAGAAUCUCUCUGAGUUUGCUCUGCAGCAGCAUUUGACCUCAGGUGCAGGAUCUGCCAUUCGUCACAAUGAGGUUUCUGAUCUCUGUGUGUGUGUCACUACUGCUGCUGAUUAAUGUUGCUUUCCAAAGCUUCAGCAGUGAUCCCUGCUACAACUAUGAGUCUCUGGAUCGUCCCUGGAGAGCCACCAGUGAAAGUGGAGAUUACAUUUGCGAUAACUCUUUCUCCUGGAAUGGCUGGUACCGGCUUUUCUACUAUGGAAUGAACAUCCAGAUGCCAGAGACCUGUGUUAAUUCAUACAGCUGUAACACAUACAUCAGUCUGUGGCUCAAUGGUCCUCAUCCUCAGAUAGAAGAUGGAGUGGUGACCAGAGAGGUCUGUGGAGGGUCUUACUGGGCUGGCUGCUGUAAUUACAAGACAAACCCCAUCAGAGUGAAAGCGUGUCCUGGAAAUUACUAUGUCUAUGAACUUCAGAAACCACAAAUCGGGUGUUCAGGAUACUGCACAGAUGUCAGCACUAUUUCACAGGUGGCUUCUAAUGUGAGUCCACAUACAGUCACUGGAUCCAGCAUCACAUCGAGUUUUGCUAUCACACUAACAGAUAAUGACCCGUGUGAAAACUACAAUGUACUCAACAACUACUGGAGAAGCACACUCAAUUACUGGUCUAUGUAUGGAUACAUCUCUGAUCAUGAUGACACUCUUGUAGAAUGGGACGGCUGGUAUCGGCUCUUCAUUAAUGAGUCGAGUGCUCAGAUGCCUGAGUGGUGUUUUUAUUAUAUGUCAUGUGGAAGCAUUAGUUCUCUGUGGCUUGGUGGAUCUCAUCCUCGUAUAGAAGAUGGAGUUGUGACUCGUGAAGUUUACGGCUCUCGCGAUUAUCAGUGCAGUCGCUACAGAUCUGAACCAAUCCAAGUUAAAGCUUGUCCUGGAGAAUAUUAUGUCUACAAAUUUACCAGACCAACUGUUUCAAUCCCAUUACCAGUAUACUGUGCAGUAUUGUUACCUUUCACCACCCCAAGUGUGGACCCCUGCUAUAACUACACCAGUCUGGAUGAGCCUUGGAGAGCCACUGACAACUAUUACUAUAAUAACUAUUACUACAACUACAUGUGUGAUUAUAAUGUGGAGUGGAAUGGCUGGUACAGGAUGUUCUACAAUGGUCAGAACGCCCAGAUGACAGAAUCAUGUGUUAAUAAUGGCAUGUGUGGCACUUAUAACCCGUUGUCACUCAACGGCCCUCACCCACAGCUGGAAGAUGGAGUGGUCACCCGUCAGGUUUGUUUCUCAUGGAGUGGCUGCUGUGAUUACAAAUCCCAUCCUAUAAGAGUCAAAGCCUGUCCUGGACAUUACUAUGUUUAUGAGUUUGUCAAACCAACGUUUUGUGGAGCUUACUGUGUAGGGAUUCUGUAUAGGGAAGUUGUGGCCUAG